AUGUCCAUUGAUGAAUUGCAAAGUUCUUUGUUGGUUCAUGAGCAUAAAAUGAAUCAGCAAGACAAGGAGGAGCAAGCGUUACAAGUCUCGACAUCAAAAGGAGGAGGUCAUGGACGAGGAAGAGGCAGAGGUAGAGGUUGCAAUGAUGGCAGAGGUAGAGGUGGCAAUGAUGGUAGACACUCAAAUAAAAAAUAUGAAGACUUUGAUUCUCAAGGGAGAGGAAAAGGCCAUGACAACAACAACAAUCAUUCAACGCCUUCCAAGUCAAAGUCAACAGACAAAUCAAGAAUUGAAUGCUUUAGGCGUCACAAGUUUGGCCACUACAAGUUAGAGUGUCCGUACUUAUCUAAGGAGAGAUGGUGGAAAGCAGUCCAAUUUUGCAUAGAAGGAAGAAGAAGUGUCUUUGUUGAUGGCUUGUCACUAAAGGAGGAAACCCGCAAGAAAUUCUUGUGGUACUUAGACACUGGCUGCAGCAACCAUAUGAGUGGAGAGAAGUCUAUAUUCUCUGAAUUGGAUGAAGCUUUACGUGAUGUUGUGAAGUUCAGCGAUGGCUCUAUAGUCUCUAUUAUGGGAAAGGGAAAGUUAGCAAUUCAAACCAACAAAAACUCUAUUCAAACUAUUUCUAACGUUCUCUUUGUUCUAGAUUUGAGAACAAACUUACUCAAUGUUGGUCAGCUACAAGAAAAGGGAUAUGGAAUCUUUAUCAAAAAUGGAUUUUGUAGAAUUGAAGACAAGAAGUUAGGCUUGAUAGCUAAAGUCAACAUGACAGUCCAUCGAAUGUUUCUGUUAUGUCUCCAUGACACUGAUUGGGAGAGAAGGAAAUGA